AUGCGCCGCCGCUCCAUCCUUCCCCUCCUCCUCGCGCCGCCCCUCUUUCUACCGUCACCACCCCCCAUCGGCGCCCUCCGCAGCCUAGCUGAGCCCCUUCGCCCGUGGACGUGUUCCGGCGUCAUCCCGCUACAGGUUGUCGUACCUCUGGAGGGCAUCUACAACACUGAGAUAACAAGGUGCAGAGGAUAUGAAUGGUUAUGGCUUGUGUCUUGUGGGGUCAGCCGGGGAGGCGACGGCGGCGGGGAGCAGCGGCACAUCGGCGGACAGCAACACAUGUGUAGCACACAGCGGCAGCGGCUGCACGGCCACGACGGACAAGCAACAACGCGAAGCAGGGGCAGGUGGUGUCAAGUUUUGAAACUGGGCUUUGAUGAGAAGUUCAUUCGUAUAUGGGAAUUCUAUCUUGUAUACUCUGCCUCUGGUUUGAAGUCAUGA